AUGUAUCAGUAACUGUUAAGUUAAAAAUUGUCUAACGAGAGCUAAUAAUGUAUCUAAAAUUGCAAUAUAAAAAACUGUAAAAUUUGUGGUUAUAUUAAUAUUUGUGAAGAAUGUUAAUAAAACUACAAAUUAAAUGAGGAAAAAUAAUGUGAAUUAUAAUGUGAAUAUAAUGAAGAUGAAUGCUAUUAAAUUAAUCUUAAGUAAUAAGAAAAUAGCUAAAUAGCUACUAACGUAGCUGGUGGUAUAGUAGGAUUUGUGACUUAUGGAUUGUUCAUAUUUACACCAAUUUAAAUAAUAUUUUCUUUAUUCGAUUUUUUAUAAACAAUAAAUCUACUAACCUAUGUAAAAGUAAAUUAUCCUACUUCGUUAUACACUUUUGUUAAGCUUUUUAGCUUUAGUAAUUUUGAAUUUUUGCCUAGUAUAAAAAGCGAUAAUGCAUAAGUUCCAUAAACUUUUGGUAGAGAAAGAUUUGAUUCUAAUUUUUAUAGCAAUUUAAUAUAACCCUUAAUAGUAUGGGUAACAGCUUUUUUUAUUUACUUUAUAUCAUAUCUAGUAAAUAUAAGCAAAAUAAAUAAAAGCAGUAGGAUAUUUAAGAUUUUUAACUUUAUUUAUGAGAAAUUCUUUUACUAAAUAUUUAUAGGUCUAGUUUUCUUAACUUUCUAUAAAAUUAACCUAAGUGUGUAACUUCAGAUAUAUGGAAAACGUUUUGACUUAAUAGGGACAAUAUAUUUAAUAAUAAGUUUAUUAAUUUUUAUCUCUUAAACUAUUUUUGUAAUUUUUGGUUUAGAAAUUAUAAAAAAUAAUAAUUUUAAUAAUCUAAGUUAGUUGACAUUGAUUUAAAGGCUGAAAAAUAAGUUUUAGCAAUUUUCUACCAAAUAAUUUGUUUACAGAUAUCAUUUUUUCAAUGGUUUAGUGUUAUUAAGAAAAAUAUUUUUUGUGAGCACACUUGUCUUUCUUUAAGAUGAUAAAAUAACUCAGAUUAUUUUAAUUUAAGGAAUAUUUAGCCUAUAAACUUUACUAUUGUUAAUAAACAAGCCUUAUCCUUAUAAAAAAUAAAAUAAUAUUGUUAUCCUUUGCAAUUUUUAUUAUUUGCUUUCAGUUCUUUGUAUCAAUGGACUAGCCUAUGAUGAUAUAACAAAUAUAUUUUCAAACCAAUUACGUGAGUUUUUUGCAGCUGUAGCAAUUCUUUUUUUAUCUUUGCUCUUUUUAAGCUACUUAUUUUAUAUUUUUUAAAUUAUCAAAGGCCUAUCUUCAUCACUUUUACCUGAUAAAGUAAAAAUGCUCAAUAGUAGGUGA